AUGGAAAUAGAAAACUGCACAGGAGUAUCACAGUUUCUUCUCCUGGGCCUCUCACAGGAUCCAGACCUGCAGCCCAUUCUCUUUGGGUUGUUCCUGUUCAUGUACCUGAUCACAGUGUUUGGUAACCUGCUUAUCAUUCUGGCUGUCGGCUCUGACCCCCAACUCCACAGCCCCAUGUACUUCUUCCUGUCCAACCUCUCUUUUGUUGAUCUCUGCUUCACCUCUACCACCGUGCCAAAGAUGCUGGUGAAUAUUCACCCACAUAACAAAGGUAUUUUGUACACUGAGUGCCUCACCCAGAUAUUUUUAUUUUUGGUUUUUGUGGGAAUGGAUAAUUUACUGCUGUCCAUAAUGGCAUAUGACCGCUUUGUGGCCAUUUGCCGUCCCUUGAAAUAUGUGACCAUUAUGAACCCCAAUGUCUGUGUUUGUUUAGUUCUGAUAUCAUGGCUCAUCAUGUUCCUGGUCUCCCUGCUUCAUGUUCUACUAAUGAAGCAGUUGAAUUUUUCUGUAGACACUAAAAUCCCACAUUUCUUCUGUGAACUGGCUCAGGUUCUCAAGGUGGCCAGGUCUGAUGCCAUUGCCGAUGUCAACAUAAUCCUGUUGUAUUUGUCAACUGCCUUGCUGGGUGUGUGCUCCAUCACUGGGAUCCUCUUCUCUUACUCUCAGAUUGUAUCCUCCUUAAUGAAGAUGUCCUCCACAGAAAGCAAAUUUAAAGCAUUUUCCACCUGUGGUUCUCACCUCUGUGUGGUCUCUUUGUUCUAUGGAACAGGACUUGGGGUGUACCUCAGUUCUGCUGGGACCCAUUCUUCCCCUGGAAGCUCUGUUGCUUCUGUGAUGUACACUGUGGUAACCCCCAUGCUGAACCCCUUCAUAUACAGCCUGAAGAACAAGGAUAUGAAGGGGGCCCUGAGAAGACUCCUUGGCAGAGCAGCCUCUUGUCCUUAA